UGGGAGCAGCUGGACCCUUCUCAGAGGAUUUUAUACAUGGAUGUAAUGUUGGAGAAUUAUAGCAACUUACUUUCAGUGGAAUGCCGACUUCCGUAUUACAGCUUUUAGGAAUUGGUGUAGUGACCUCGAGGAAGAUGCAGAUAUUUCAGUACAAGAGUGGAAUUAUUGUCCCAGAAGUGUGGAAGGCUGAUGACCAGAUGGAAAGGGAACACAGAAAUCCAGAUGAGCAAGCGAGGCAGUUUAUGGUCCUUAAGAACCAAACUUCAUUUGAGGAGAGAGGUAAUCUCUUUGGAAAAACGUUUAAUCUGAACACAGAAUUUGUUUCUUUAAGACAAGUGCCCUAUAAAUAUGAUUUAUAUGAAAAAACUUUGAAAUAUAAUUCAAACUUACUUAAUAAUAAUAGCUAUGCAAGAAAGAAAGGUGAUGAGUGCCCUGGAUUUGGAAAACCACUCCUGUAUCUGAAGCAAGAGAAAACCCAUCCUGGAGCAGAAUACUCUGAAUAUAAUAAAAGUGGGAAAGCCCUUGGCCAUAAAGAAGUCAUUUUUAAACAUCAGAAAAUUAAAAAUUUGAUUCAGCCUUUUAUUUGUAAUUACUGUGACAAGACCUUCCCCUUUAAGUCACUCCUCAUUAGUCAUAAGAGAAUACACACUGGAGAGAAGCCCUAUGAGUGUAGUGUGUGUAAGAAAACCUUCUCCCAUAAGGCAAACCUCAUCAAACACCAGAGAAUUCACACUGGGGAGAAACCCUUUGAAUGUCCUGAGUGUGGAAAAGCUUUCACUCACCAGUCAAACCUUAUUGUACACCAGAGAGCACACAUGGAGAAGAAGCCCUAUGAGUGCAGUGACUGUGGAAAGACAUUUGCUCAGAAGUUUGAACUUACUACACACCAGAGAAUUCAUACUGGAGAGCGACCGUAUGAGUGUAAUGAAUGUGCAAAGACCUUUUUUAAGAAAUCAAAUCUCAUUAUACAUCAGAAAAUUCACACAGGAGAGAAACGCUAUGAGUGUAGUGAAUGUGGAAAAUCUUUUAUCCAGAACUCACAACUCAUCAUACAUAUGAGAACUCAUACAGGAGAGAAACCCUAUGAAUGUACUGAAUGUGGCAAAACUUUCAGCCAGAGAUCAACUCUUCGAUUACAUUUGAGAAUCCAUACAGGAGAGAAACCAUAUGAGUGUACCGAAUGUGGAAAGGCCUUCAGCAGGAAGUCCCGACUCAGUGUCCAUCAGAGAGUUCACAUAGGGGAUAGACCUUGAGACUACCACGAGGUGGUACUGUGAAAACCGCUCAAAAUCCCCCCAGUGAGGAAAAAACAAAAAUUGAAAUUCAUACCAGGAUACAAUCUCUCAAGUAAAAAAUGUAUUUAAAAAAAAAGUAUUGCCUUAGGGCAACAUUAUACCAGAAGGUAGAUAUGACACCCAUCAGAAUAUAUCCAAUUGUAAAUAGACAUAUCUCACUAUGUUACAUUGAGCUUUAUUUUGUUCUUGCAGCACUAGGGAUUGAACCCAGUCUCUUGCCUGUAUUGGGCAAAUGGUCUAACACUGAGCUACAUCACCAGCCCACAACGAGCUUUUUAAAAUUUUGAAUGAACUGAAUAUUCUGGGAAGAAGCAAAAAGAAUAUGUAGAUGAUGCCCUAGGAACUUAUAUGUGAAAGUAUGCUACAAAACACAAAUUAUGUUUUAAAUCUGCAUAUAUAAAUGUAACAGUCAUUGGGAGUAUGAAAUUCUUGUCCUCUGUAAUCAUUAGAAUAUAUCAAACAAGAUUUUCCAUACUGUGGUAAGCAUCACAUUUGUUUCAGUACCUUUCCAACCCAGUAUGAGUUCCAGAUGAAUUAUAUAACAUUUCAAAGUAGCAUGGAGCAAAUUUUUUUUCUCCUACUGCUUGCUGGCAUAUAUAAGUUGGUGUGACAUUGUUACUGAGCCUCUUUGCUAAGGAGAAGACAAUAUUGUUGGAGUCUUAACCUGAUUCUUGGUUUGAAUAUUUUCUAGAAACAUUAUUUAUAUAAAUAUGCAAGUGUUAGAUCUAACUAAGAAAUCAGUGAAAAGAGGCAGAUAGGACUGUAUUACUUAGAAUGUACUGCAGAAUAAAAAUAACGCCGUGCAAAGAGUAUCCUCAUCAUCAUGCUCUUGUUUUUCCAGGGGGUAUUGACAUACAAUGCAUGUGUAUUUCCAAAAGAUUGUAUAACCCAGAAGCCACCUGUAUUUUUGUGUGUUUCUCUGGCUCUCUUAAUACUUUAUGAAUUGUCUUACAAAAAGUCAUGCUUAUGUACCUCACAAAUGCUAGUUACAUUUCAGAGACCUUAGAGGAAAAAAUAAUUUAUUUUAAGAAAACUACGAAGAAUUAUCUGUUUUGCUUUUUAACAUGUCUAUGGGCAUAAUUAACUAGAGAUGAAUUUUUGUAAUAUUCUGUUUAAAGGAAGCAUCAUUUCUUCGAAUCUCAUCUCAAUCUAAA